AUGGAAGAACUUCCUACUUUAAAAAUCCUUACAUUGGGGGAUGCUAGUGUUGGAAAAACUUCAAUUCUCCUACGUUUUUCAGAAGACGAAUUUCCGAAAACAACUAUGCCGACAAUAGGAAUUGAAUAUAAAACAAAAUACGCUGAGAUCUCAGGAAGAGCAAUAAAACUUCAAGUUUGGGAUACCGCAGGACAAGAAAGAUACCACCGAACUCUUGCCAGCACAUUUUAUAGGCGAGCAAAUGGGAUUGUUUUAGUAUUUGAUUUGACUGAUAAGACUUCUCUUGAACAUGUAGAAAGCUGGAUGAAACAAAUCCGAGCAAAGGCCGAUCCCAAAGUGGCGAUUAUCCUUGUAGGAAAUAAAAUGGAUUUGAUAGAUCAAAACGAAUUUCCUGAAGGCAAAUCCCUUGCAGAUUCUUAUGGGAUCCCUUUUAUUAUGGUGAGUGCUAAAACUGGCAAAAAUGUCGUAGAAGCAUUUAAUACUCUUUCGGAAAUGAUCGUCAUGCAUGAUCCUUCUGCUCUGCAAGAUAACGCAGCCACCACAGAAACUUUAACCCAAAGACAUAAGCCUCCACCUAGCAACCAAUGCUGUAGCAGUUAA